CCUUGGGAGCGCGGUACCGACAUAUUAAUUUCUCUUCGUCUUUACCAUUCCGAUUCUACUGAGCCGGUCGUAACCAAGCCCAGCCACCGUAUUACUCCCGCAGCCAAAACCCUACAAAAGAAGAGCAAAACUUUCCAUGUUUCUGUGG